AUGACAACAAGAGAAGCAACAACAAAUAAGCACUCCCAAACAACGAUUUCAUAUAUUUCACUCUGCGUUUUGGAUGGCGAAAACGAAAACGAAAACUACAAAUUGUAUCUAGGUACAGGCUACAUGGAUGGAUGGAUGAUGGGAUCUAGGGACUACGGUUACGCGAUAAUCGAAGAAAUGUUGGGUGAAAAGCAAGCUGAGGAGUCAAUAGUUCCGUCGAAUUACAGCGAGACUGAAAAUGGAGAAAGAGGCGGGAAAGAAGGACAUGGAGAAUUCGAAGAUCACUCUGUUUUCAGUAUGAAAAAUAUACUAUGGCAUGGAGGCUCUGUUUGGGAUGCUUGGUUUAGUUGUUCGUCAAAUCAAGUGGCACAAGUGCUAUUAACCCUUCCAUACUCGUUUUCUCAAUUAGGAAUGGUAUCAGGGAUUGUUCUUCAAAUCUUCUAUGGUCUUCUAGGAAGCUGGACUGCGUACCUUAUCAGUGUCCUUUACGUUGAAUACAGAGCUAGAAAAGAGAAGGAAAAUGUCAAUUUCAAAAACCAUGUUAUUCAGUGGUUUGAAGUUCUAGAUGGAUUGCUUGGGCCUUAUUGGAAAGCAAUUGGUCUAGCUUUCAACUGCACUUUUCUUCUCUUUGGCUCUGUAAUUCAACUUAUAGCUUGUGCAAGCAACAUAUACUACAUAAAUGAUCAUCUGGACAAGAGGACAUGGACAUAUAUUUUUGGAGCUUGCUGUGCAACCACUGUCUUCAUUCCUUCAUUCCAUAACUACAGAAUCUGGUCAUUUCUGGGCCUUGGAAUGACCACUUACACUGCGUGGUAUAUGGCGAUUGCAGCUUUAAUCCAUGGCCAGGUUGAUGGGGUUGAACAUUCUGCUCCUCAGAAGCUGGUGUUGUAUUUCACCGGAGCCACUAAUAUUCUGUACACCUUCGGCGGACAUGCUGUCACUGUUGAAAUUAUGCACGCGAUGUGGAAACCCCAAAAGUUCAAGUAUAUUUACCUUCUUGCCACUCUUUACGUUUUCACACUAACCCUUCCGUCAUCCGCCGCCGUCUACUGGGCCUUCGGCGACGAGCUUCUCAACCACUCCAACGCCUUCUCCGUUCUUCCCAAAACCCGGUGGCGUGAUGCUGCCGUCAUUCUCAUGCUCAUUCAUCAGUUUAUUACAUUUGGUUUCGCAUGUACGCCGUUGUAUUUUGUAUGGGAGAAGGUAAUAGGGAUGCAUGACACAAAGAGCAUAUGUUUACGGGCAGUAGCGAGGCUGCCCGUAGUUAUACCCAUAUGGUUUUUGGCUAUCAUCUUUCCUUUCUUUGGACCCAUCAAUUCAGCAGUUGGGGCACUUUUGGUCAGCUUCACGGUCUACAUCAUCCCUGCCCUUGCCCAUAUGCUCACCUACAGAAAAGCAUCUGCCCGACAGAAUGCGGCUGAGAAGCCACCGAGUUUCCUACCGAGCUGGACCGCAAUGUAUGUGAUCAAUGCCUUUGUGAUCGUCUGGGUUUUAGUGGUUGGGUUUGGAUUCGGUGGAUGGGCGAGCGUAACAAACUUUGUGCGCCAGGUCGACACAUUCGGUCUGUUUGCCAAGUGUUAUCAGUGUAAACCAGCAGCGCUACCACCACCAAAACAUUGACUCGAGUGGACUCGAUAAUCAUGAGUCAACUCGGAAGUAAACGAGUUUUU